AUGACAGAAAACGAAAGUCAACAACCCUCCAGUCCAGUUCGGACUUCUUUUAUAUUCACAGUUUGCUUUUGGACAAAAAUUAUAACUGCAUUAAAUGAACCAUGUGAUUCUGCUUUAUACAUAAAAGGUGUCUGUGAAGUAAACAAUCGUUUAAGCGAAGAAAACAAACGUUUAAAUGAAAAAAAUAAACGUUUAAAUGAAGAAAAGGAAGAACGUUGCAAUAACAUCGACAGAUUGCUUACUUUAAAUGAUGAAAGGGAAAUACUUAUUAAUGAAGUGAAUAGAUUGAAUAAUGAAAGGGAAUAUUUGAUAGACAAAAUGAAUAUUAAUGAGGUGGUUAAGUUGGACGAUGAAAUAGAAAUACUUGACAAUGAAUUAAAGAGGUUAAAUGUGAUUUUUAACGAAGCAAUUCACAAUUUAUCGAAUUAA